UCGCCAGAAGACAGAGUGAAUCCAAGGGACCUCACAAGAAGUACCCAACAGCGUAUCGCGGAAUUCUGGACCUCUUGGAUGAAAUAUUUUGCACCAACAUUAUUACCAAGGAACAAAUGGUACCGCACAAGAGAGAUUCUCCAAACUGGCGAUCUGGUAUUGGAGAUUGACAAGAAGCACCGAAGGACACAGUGGAAGAUGGCAGUGGUAGUUGCUACAAACCCGGGUGUAGAUGGCCUUGUGAGAAAGGUCAAAAUCAAGACGCAGUCUGGUCAGUACGACAGGCCCAUCCACAAGCUCUGUUUAAUUGCAACAAACCAGGAGCUGCACAGCAGCGCUUAAAGAACACUGUUUUUGACAUUAUAUUAUAUUCGUUUAUGUUACUUAAUGAACGUUACUCAAUUGUAACAAUUUCGGUACUGGAGGGGAGUGUUUUGCUCCCACAAGCCUAUCAGCCGAUUAGUUGAACAUUAACUUGAUUGUAACCACGCAUGUGGAUUUAACUGACAU